AUGGCAAUGAACGUCAGCUUAACUGUUAUGGAUGAUGAACCAAAUGAUCAUAAUGACACUGGCACUGAUCUCUCAUAUGAGAGCCCAGCAGAGAUGCUGCAUUAUGACUUGGAAUACAUUAUUGCUGUUGCCUUCACUCUUGCGACCUGUUGCACUGGACUAGUUGGGAAUGGAAUUGUCAUCAGGCUUCUUGGCUUCCACAUUAAGAGGAACCCUUACACCACCUACAUCCUUACUUUGGCUGUUUUUGAUUUUGGAUUCCUCACAUCCCUAGCUAUAUAUUACAUUUUCUUUUCAACUUUCAUUCCAUCGUUAUAUAUAAAUGAUGAUAAUCUUCAUUUUAUAUUUUUGCGUUUCUCCUGGUGCACGUACAUCUCCAGUGAACUUCUGCUGACAGCCAUCAGCAUCGACAGGUGUGUGUCUAUCCUCUUCCCAAUUUGGCAUCGAUGCCACCGGCCAACCAACUUGUCUAUCACUGUGUGUGUCCUCAUAAGCGUCUUCUCCUUCCUGAUCUCUGUCAUUCCCCUCACUCCCAUGACAACUAUAAACUACCCAUUUUUCAUAUCUGCCCUGCUUUGCCUCCCCCUGAUGACCAUCUCCACUGUAAUUAUUUUAAUCAAAGUUUGUUUUAAAUCACAACAGAGGCAGCGGGGAAAACUCUUGAUGGCUGUCUUACUUUGUCUUCUAUUCUUCCUCAUCCUUGGUUUUCCACUUACUGUCAUCAUUGUUCUUGAUACUUCUUUUCGUUUGUGGUUGAGCGGUACAGAAAAGUAUUUCUUAUUCUGUGCCUCCCUUAACAGCAGCGUUAAUCCAGUAAUCUAUUUACUGGUUGGGAGAAAGAAAGGAGGUCGAUCUAGAGAGACCAUGAAGGCAAUCCUGCAAAGGGUUUUGAAAGAGGGGGAAGAAGACGGCGGACAGGAACUGGACCCUCCAAGUUGA